AUGGUGUCUGUCAAAGAGCUGCUCGUGAACUCACUGAAGGAUCUAGUAAAAGAUGAUCUUAAGCAGUUUCAGUGGUACUUAAAGAAUCAUUGUCAUGUGUCAAAUUCUGAGAUGGAGAAUGCAGAUGUCUUAGACACAGUGGAUAAAACGGUGGCACAUUUUGGACCAGAAGAAGCUGUGAAGAUCACGGUGGACAUCCUGAGAAAAAUUAAGCAGAACCUUCUGGCUGAGCACUUAGAGAAUGAAUAUAAAGAAGGUUCAAAUGCAGAGGACAAUAAAGCUGAUUUGAUUUCUCACAGGGAUGAUCAUGAUUACAGAAAAAUCAUCCUCAAACUGAAGAACAAAUUACAACAGGACUACAAACGGAUAUUGGUUGGUAAUUCUCAGACGGGUCAUCGGGAAUACAUGAAUGAUAUAUACUCUGAUCUAUAUGUGGUGGAGAAUGAGACCGGAGGUAUAGUAAAGGAACAUGAGGUGAGACAGAUCGAACUGAAUCACAACCGAUUUUUUGCCAAGGACAUGCAGAUCCAGUGCAGUGACAUAUUCAAAGUCCAUAAGGGUCGACAAAACAGAAAAGUUCUGACAAUGGGAAUCGCAGGGGUAGGAAAAACCAUUUCUGUUAAUAAAUUCAUUCUUGACUGGGCUGAAGGAAAAGAAAAUCAAGAUAUACUCUUUAUAUUCCCACUCCCAUUCCGUAGACUUAAUUUGAUUAUAAACAAGUACAGUCUCAUAGAACUGCUUAACAAAUGCUUCUUUAGUGGUCCUGAAGAUCUGCCCUCUCUUCCUGAAGAUGACGGUAAGGUCAUGUUUAUUUUUGAUGGGCUGGAUGAAUGUCACUUCCCUUUGAACUUUAAACAGGGCGACAGUUUAACAGAUGUGCAUAAAAAAACAACAGUGAGUAAGAUAGUUACAAACCUGAUUGAGACACAUCUGCUUCCCUCUGCUCUCACCUGGAUCACAUCCAGACCAGCAGCAGCCAGCCUGAUACCCCGAGACUACAUUGAUCAGGUGACAGAGGUGCGAGGAUUCAAUGAUGAGCAAAAAGAGCAAUACUUCAUCAAAAACAACAGUCCUGAGGUUGCUGGAAGCAUCAUCCGUCACAUCAGGAAAUCCAGGAGUCUGUACAUCAUGUGCCACAUCCCCGUCUUCUGCUGGAUCUCUCUCACUGUUCUUCAGCCUCUGCUGGCUCGAGAGAGCAAUGACAAAACACCUACAACUCUCACAGGGAUGUACACAAACUUCUUACUCUUUCAGAAGCAUCAGAUGGAGACAAAAUACUGUGAUGAUCCUGAACCUAAGCUCAAAGCCAAAUCUUCUGAUCAGAUUGUUCUGAAGCUUGGGAAACUGGCGUUUAAACAGCUGCAGAAAGGAAAUCUGAUUUUCUACAAAGAAGAUCUUGAGGAGUGUGGA